CAUGAUUUUGAAGACAAAAAUUUGCGAACGCGUCCACGGCUGCAUGACAGUUGGAUUGUCGAUUUAUCAUUUUGUUAUUCAGUAAUUAUUUGCAUAAAAAUAUUCGUAAGUUUUUAGUGAGAGCUCAUAUAAUUGAAUCAGCAAAAUGUUUCGCAAUCAAUACGACAGCGACGUGACGGUAUGGAGUCCUCAGGGACGUCUUCACCAGGUGGAAUAUGCCAUGGAGGCGGUGAAACUCGGAUCUGCAACAGUCGGUUUGAAGAACAAGACCCACGCGGUCCUCAUAGCUCUCAAAAGAGCUUCCUCAGAGCUAUCUGCUUACCAGAAGAAGAUUAUCCCCAUUGAUAAGCACAUGGGGAUCAGUAUUGCUGGACUCACUGCUGACGCCAGGAUGCUCAGCAGAUACAUGAGGACAGAGUGCUUGAAUUACAAGUACUCCCACGAUGACGUUCUUCCAGUCAGUCGUCUGAUCGCCACCCUGGGGAAUAAAAUGCAGACUUGCACUCAGAGAUACGAUAGACGUCCUUAUGGUGUUGGUCUACUCGUUGCUGGUUUUGACGACCAAGGACCCCAUAUUUACCAGACCUGUCCAUCAGCGAAUUACUUCGACUGCAAAGCAAUGGCCAUCGGUGCAAGAUCUCAAGGAGCCAGGACGUACCUGGAGAAGCAUUUGAAUGAAUUCUCUGCAAGUUCUCUGGAGGAACUCGUAAAACAUGGAUUGAGGGCCCUUAGGGACACCCUCCCCAACGAGCUGGAUCUCUCCGUUAAGAACGUCUCUAUUGGUAUAGUCGGCAAGGAUCAGGAGUUUGACAUUCUGGGAGAAACUGAAACUGCCACAUACUUAACUGCGAUCGAGAGUGACGAGAAAAGAGGUCAACCAGUGGGACAGGAUGUCCAGCAGGACGAUCAUCCACCCCAGGAUCCACCAGCUGACGAGGGGCCCGCAGAUCCACGAGUUUCAACUGCCAUGGACACUGAAUAAAAUUUCAACUUUCUCUCAUUCAUAUUAUUACACAAAUUUUCCAGGUUUAAUAAAGUUUUUUUCGCUUACAA